AUGAACCUCUUCACUCUCGGACGAAUACUUACGGACACUGAAAAAACAGUGACAUGGAUUCACGAGAAAGGAUUGGUCCCUACCACCAUGAUAUGCCCCCGUUGUGGCCACCAACUAGUGUCCAAGCCGUGCCAGCGCACUUUCGGUCGCUUUCGGUGCCGCCGCAACCACCCGGAAUUUUGCCAGUCCACCACUAUCGGGACCUGGUUUGAGAACACUCGAUUGGCGCCGGAGCAAGUACUCGUACUCACCUACUGCUUCGCAACAAAAAUGACCUUCCGGCAAGCAGUCAAAGAAGCAUCCCUGGACAGUACCAUGUCCGAGGCGACAGUCACGGACUGGUAUUCGUAUUGCAGGGAAGUGUGUACUGACUCCCUUUCAGACGUACACAGGGGAAAAAUCGGAGGCACAAACCACGUCGUAGAAAUCGACGAAUGCAAAAUAGGCCGUCGCAAAUAUCAACGUGGUCGUGUUGUGGAGGGGACCUGGAUCCUGGGCCUUAUCGAUGUGGGCACAAAGGAGCUCCGACUUGCCAUUUGUCCUGACAACAAAAGGGACAAAAACACGCUCCUUGCCCUCAUCGAUGCCAAUGUGGAAAAGGGGACCACAAUAUACACUGACUGCUGGAAGGGCUACUGUGGACUAUCCGCUGAAGGCUUCCAGCAUAUGACCGUCAACCAUCAGUACCAGUUUGUGGACGCAGACACCGGUGUGACUACAAACCACAUCGAGUCACAGUGGAGGCCACUCCGACACAGGCUUGCCAGAGGAGGAGUGACCAGCGACAACAUGGCACACCACCUCACCGAAUACCUCUGGAGAUUGGACUGUACAAACAAACAUGAAGACCCUCUCGACAGGAUGCUCAGUGACAUUAAGCGCCUGUACACACCUGGACAUCGCACUGAAGCCUAG